GCGUAAAGUUGUGUUGACAGGGGCGGCCGGUAGUAGCAGGAGUUGUCAGCGGAGCAGCAGAAAUCAGCUUCACCAGACCCGAAUGGAGUAAAUUACCCAUACCGUUCUACCUUGCGCUUCUGUUACUUCUGUUAAGCGCUUUUCGUAUUGUUUAGGAAACAACUAUGGCGGACGAGCAGUCCUCUCAGUCCUGGUCGAUCGACCGGGAUGACUAUGAACUCAAUGAGGUGAUAGGGAGUGGAGCCACUGCUGUUGUUCAGGCGGCUUACUGCAAGCCGAGAAAGGAGAAGGUGGCCAUCAAACGCAUCAACUUGGAAAAAUGUCAAACUAGCAUGGAUGAGCUGCUGAAAGAGAUUCAGGCUAUGAGCCAGUGCCACCAUCCAAACAUCGUGUCUUAUUAUACCUCCUUUGUGGUGAAGGAUGAGCUGUGGUUGGUGAUGAAGCUGCUCAGUGGGGGUUCUGUGUUGGACAUAAUCAAACACAUCAUCUCACGUGGUGAGCACAAGAAUGGAGUGCUGGACGAAGCCAGCAUCGCUACAAUCCUGAGGGAAGUCUUGGAGGGGCUGGAGUACCUUCACAAAAACGGACAGAUUCAUCGGGAUCUAAAAGCUGGAAACAUUCUUCUUGGAGACGAUGGCUCAGUGCAGAUUGCUGACUUUGGUGUGAGUGCCUUUCUUGCCACUGGAGGAGACAUGACAAGGAAUAAGGUUCGGAAGACGUUUGUCGGGACACCGUGCUGGAUGGCCCCAGAGGUCAUGGAGCAGGUUCGUGGCUACGACUUCAAAGCAGACAUUUGGAGUUUUGGGAUAACGGCGAUUGAACUAGCCACCGGCGCUGCACCCUAUCACAAAUACCCACCAAUGAAGGUGUUGAUGCUGACUUUGCAGAACGACCCCCCUUCUCUGGAGACAGGUGUUACAGACAAGGAAAUGGUGAAGAAAUAUGGCAAGUCAUUCAGGAAAAUGCUGUCUCUGUGUUUACAAAAAGAUCCUGAAAAAAGACCGACUGCUGCAGAACUGCUCAAGCACAAGUUCUUUACAAAAGCCAAGAACAACGAGUACCUGCAAGAYAAGCUCCUCAUGAAAGGUCCCACAAUAUCCGAUCGAUCUAAAAAGGUGCGCCGUGUGCCCGGCUCGAGUGGCCGUCUGCACAAGACGGAGGACGGCGGGUGGGAGUGGAGRGACGACGAGCUGGAUGAGGAGAGCGAGGAGGGGAAAGCUGCUGUGGCAGCUCUGCGGUCACCCAGAGUGAAGGAUGGGUCCCAGAAUAUGGAGCUUUUUCCACCAGCAGAUGGCUCCACAACACAUCUGCAGGCACCCGGUGCACAGACUGCGGGCCCCUCAGGAGAGCAGGCCCKACCUCAGCCUGCCGCUCAGACAGCGAGCCCUUCACACGAGCUGAUUGUUCCGNAUUUAGCUGCCCCCAACAUUCCCAUCUGCCUCGUGCUUAGAUUGAGGAACUCCAAGAAGGAGCUCAAUGACAUCCGGUUUGAGUUCUUGCCAGGCAGAGACUGCGCUGAUGGAGUUUCUCAGGAGUUGGUCUCAGCUGGCCUGGUUGAUGGGAGGGACUUAGUCAUUGUUGCUGCCAAUUUGCAAAAGAUUGUUGAGGAUCCUCAAACUAACAAAAACGUCACCUUUAAGCUGGCAUCUGGUGUGGAGGAGUCAGAAAUUCCUGAUGAUGUUAAACUGAUCGGGUUUGCGCAGCUCAGCAUCAGUUAAGUCGAGCAGAGCUGGCAACCAAGGACAGAAACAUACGGUAUUGCACAGGUGCAUUGUAGUAAACUCCAAGAAACCACUACUGCCAAAGAGGGGAGAUUAGGAUGAUGAAGAUGAUGAUUACAAAGAGGAAGAGAAGACGACGUGAGGCUGGCAGGAGUGUGACACGACUGCAGGAUGCACGGGGGCCACACAGAGGGUUCAGAUCAUCACAGGAAUCACACUUGAAAUGUUUACAGUGCGCUUAUACAGUGAGUGGGAGAAGAAAUGCAAUCAACCACAUCAGCUCCUAAUUUCCUUAUUUUAAAUUUUUCUCCUCCUCCUACACAAGCACAAUCCAACCCGUCUCCUACCAAGACUGAAAACCAUUGCCUUUUUGUAAAUCAGUUGUGCCACAAAAUUAAAACGUGUCGUGCCACCUCAGCACGGCACUUUAUGCUACACUGAAAUCUAAAAGUGUAAGUUCAGCCUUAGUUUAAAAAACAACAAGAACAGCAGUGUGUUUGGUAAAAAGCUCCAUCUUUCUGUUAUUGGAUGCUCUCUGAAUACAUCUAUUCGACAAAUCUGUGAACACCCCUCAACAUUUCUACUGACACUGUAACAAAACACACCACAGCUAAUUUUUAUGUCGUAAUUCUCUGAAUUUUGUGAAGUUUAAUAAGAAAAAUCAACCCACACACUUGUAAGGCAGCCAAAAGCAGUGCAAAGAAUUCUUCACCCAAUAUUUAGUUUUCAUCAGAAGAAUCAAGGAGUUUAAUCUUCUAACGGAAACAACAGCUCGAUUUACAACACAACACACUGUUUGUUGGUAUUUUCUUCAUGUAGUAUAGAUGGUUUAUUUUCACUCUGCCUGAUAUUCUUCUACUAUGCAAUAGUGCUGUUCAUUUCUUCAAAUGUGACCACUCGUUGCUAUUACAACCUGUUUUGGUUUGCAGAAAAUUGCUUUUUUUUUGUGCGAGCAAAUUGAAAGGAGUUGAUAAACAGAAUGGGCAGCUUUAGAAAGCUGCUAGAGGGAUUUUAUUUUUCAUGUUAUUUAAAACUGAACUCACAAGACACAGAUACGUCUGCUCUUUUACACAUGCCUUUUAAAAGAUAUGUCAUCAGUAUCAGAAGACGAACAGCCUGGAAGGAUUAGGAAUGCUCUGUGAUCUUCUGUGGAGGUAUGCAUGCUCAAAAACUAAAAAAAAGAAAGAAAGUUCUUCCAAUGUGAAAUAAACCUUACAGGAGCAGUUUGCUUUUAUUUCUGUUUAAAUUUCUUAUUGGCUGGUAUUUUUUUUCUUUGUAAAGUUUUUCUACAUGUCUUUGAGAAUUGGCGGCCACAACAAUAAGAUGAAUAUUGAGUCAUGGCUGUAGUGAGCAGUGCUUUUUUUUUCUCUUCACUCUGUUGGAAUGCCACUUUUUUUUUUUUUUUGGUGUUUAGUGUCUUUGUUUCAUUAGUGAAGUAUUUCAGUGUGUACGUGACCAGCACAAGAGAUUAUACAAACACCUGCUGUCAGAUAAGGAGGGAUUCCUGGACUUGUUUUAAGUGGCCCCAGCUGGUUCACACUUCUUUUCCUAAAGCAACUCUACAACUAUUAAAGGAUAGUUUUUAACUUCGGCAUCAAA